CGCUGUGCGUCUGUAGCGGAGGAGCGAUGAGCUUGGCUGUGAGGACUGAUCUAGCAGUUGACAAAACGAAAAAGAAGAAAAGAAGAGAAUUAACAGAAGAACAGAAACAGGAAAUAAAAGAUGCAUUUGAAUUAUUCGAUACAGACAAAGAUAAAGCAAUAGAUUAUCAUGAAUUAAAGGUAGCAAUGCGAGCUCUGGGAUUUGAUGUAAAAAAAGCAGAUGUCCUAAAAAUCCUUAAAGACUAUGAUGGUGAAACAACAGGCAAAAUUACAUUUGAUGAUUUUAAUGAAGUUGUCACAGACUUAAUACUUGACCGAGAUCCACAAGAGGAAAUUCUAAAAGCUUUCAAAUUAUUUGAUGACGAUGACUCUGGCAAAAUCAGCUUAAGAAAUCUUCGGCGAGUUGCAAGAGAACUUGGUGAAAAUAUGACUGAUGAGGAAUUACGUGCCAUGAUUGAGGAGUUCGAUAAGGACGGAGAUGGAGAAAUAAAUCAAGAGGAAUUCCUUUCCAUAAUGACCGGAGAUCUUUAGCACUUUUUUAGAAGGAAGAGACAAGUCUGCAUGCUGAAUUCUGCGAUCAGUGUGAUGUAUUUAAUUUUUUUCCAUCGAGGACCAAGAUUAAAGACAUUGAAUGUCAGUAUUUUGUAGCUAAUGAUUUUACAUUGUAAUAUUUAUCAACAUUUUGAGUAUAGUUUUUUUGUAAAAUAGUUUUCUAUGCUGUUCUAAAAUUAAAUGUUUCUUUGGAAA